AUGACUACAGAACGUACGGCGUCCUUCCAAAGCCGCCACCUCAACAUCGUGGGCAACCUGCUCAUCCCCGCACCGUCCGCCCCCAACCGAAAGCAUGCAGCCAUAGUCGUCAGCCAUCCUGGUGGUGGCGUCAAAGAGCAAACUGCGGGCCUGUAUGCUCGCUUGCUCGCCAACCAGGGGUUUGUUACUCUUGCGUUUGACGCUGGGUAUCAGGGUGAAAGCUCCGGCGAGCCGCGCGGACUCGAAGAUCCAUCACAACGAGUGGAGGAUAUCAAGGCUGCAGUCACCCAUCUAUCGCUCCUGGACGAAGUUGACCCCGAUCGCAUCGGUGUCUUGGGCUUAUGUGCAUCCGGCGGCUAUGCAUCUUUCGCAGCUCAAACAGAUGUCCGCAUCAAGGCCAUCGCCGGUGUGAGCACUGUGGACUUGGGAGCUAUGAUUCGGGAGGGCGUGAAAAAUACCGCAGCCGAGUCACCCUCCCAUGCGUUGGCCGCUACUCUCGAAAAUGCAGCAAAUGCUCGACUGUCAAAGGCCAAGGGCCAGAGCCCUCAGCUGCUGCCGUGGGCUCCAGAUGAUCCCAAGACCGUGCCGGCGGCCUUUCCGACCUUGUAUAAGGAGGCAGCCGAUUACUACCGUACACCCCGGGGCGGGCACCGUCGUUCAACAAACCGAUUCCCACUUCGCAGUACGGAACUUCUUGCAAACUUCGAUGCCUUCGCCUUCAACUAUUUGAUUUCGCCGAGGCCGAUUCUUAUGAUUGCUGGCUCGGAGGCGGAUACGCGGUACCACAGCGAGAAUGCAAUCAGAAAGGCUACCGAGCCGAAGGAGUUGUUCCUGGUUCCCAACAAAUCGCACAUUGCUCUCUAUGAUGAUCCUACUGGCGUGCUACCCAAGUUGGUGGAAUUCUAUGCCAACUCGCUGUCUGGCUAG